AUGGAGUGUACGACUACCGUGGGACGAGGGCCGAACACUAACAACCCACGGCGAACUUGGACGUUUGAAGAAGAACGUGCAUUAAUCCAAGGAUUGAAAGAUCUCCUUGCACGUGGAAUGAAAGCGGACAACGGGUUCCGUUCGGGCUACACAUUGUUUUUAGAACAAUAUAUGCAACAACAAUUCCCGGGAACUACCAUUAGAGCCGAGCCUCACAUCUCGUCCAAGAUUACGGUAUGGAAAAAAAACUAUGGUUUACUUGCACCACUACUUCAGAGCGGUUCCGGAGUUGGGUGGAGUGAAACUGGCCACCUACUUGAUGUAGAAGAUGCGGUGUGGAACGAUUAUGUUAAGGUGUAUUCGAAAGCUAAAGGAUUGCGAAACAAGCCAUGGCCCUUUUACAGUGAUUGGGUGGACAUAUUUGGAAAGGACCGCGCAACAGGGGAAGGUGCUGAAGGUUUCGCUGAUGCGGUGCAAGAGGUACUAAGUAAUACGGGUGAUGAUGCCCCCACACAAAAUGUCAGGCGUGGCGGAGUUGGACUUGCCUUCGAAACCAAUGACAAUGAAAUUGAGUCAUCUUCGCCACAGGGUGUUGAGAGUAGUGCAUCCGGGAAGGGAAAACGGGUAGGCAAACGUAAACGGGUUAAAGAUGUGGAGGUUGAAGUGGUCGGCCUACUCUCUACGUUAUGCGAGAAAGCCGAUCAACGUUGGGGUCAAAUGGUGGAACGUAUUGGGGUCCAACACGACGCGAAGGAGCAACGGAAGGUUUUGUACGAGGCGUUGAAAAAAAUUCCCAUGUUGAGUACGGAACAAAAAUUUAUCGUCACAAAGUACUUUUGUAAGAACAAAGAAGAGAUGGAUGUCUUUUUUAGCGUCGACGAAGAUGAAAAAGCUUCAAUGGUGAAGAUGAUACUCGAAAACAGGUUGUAG